AUGGGAGCGUCGUCGGCAGCCGACCUCGCUGCCCAAGUCGAGGCGGGGCAGUAUCUCGCCGUGCUCUCCUCCCCCGCGGCGCAGUCCAUCAUCAAGCGUUUUGUCGCAGCACAUCUCGACCCCGCCGAGACGAAAAAGGCAGUCGAGGAGGAGGCAUCAAAGAGCGAACCCGAUGACGACGGCACAGCAGCGCUCGCCGUCGGCACCGCCGCCCUCAACGCCUUCUUGCAGGCCAACGUCACGGGCCCCGCGCUGGGCCCGGAAGCCGCCGUCGACGCGCUCUUUUUCACUACUACGGCUACUACGAAGAAGGAGGAGGAGAGGGAGAGGGACGCCCUGCGCGCGGCGUGCCUGCGCGGCCUCGACGUCGACGGCUCGUCUGCGUACGCGCACGUCCCGCACCCGGAGCUGUUCGCCCUGGCGCGGUUCGCCUUCGAGCAGGGGCCCCAGGACGCCGCCUCCGCCGCGGAGGGCAAGUGGAUGUGGAUGCGCCUGCGCGGGCGGGCGUGGCACUACCGGCUGCUGACGCAGCCGUCCCUCGGGCCCGGGUCGGUGUUCAACCGCGCCGCGCAGUGGAGCGACGUCCCCUCGCUGCAGGAGGCCGUCCUCGAGAGCCUGCGGGAGGUGGAGCAGGCGGUAGUCGCGGCGGCGGGCGGCGAGGAGAAGGAGGAGGAGGAAGGGGUUGUUGAGUUCCUGGUCGAGAAGGCCAACGUGCUGAUCAUGCUGGGCAUGGACGCCAAGGCCCGCGAGGCGCUGCGCAUUGCGGCGGAGAGGAGCCGCUUCGCGUACGCGCUGUCGGGCGCGCUGGGCAAGAGGACGCGGUGGCAGGAGAAGAGCACGAGCCAGCUUGUCGUGCUGGCCAAGAGCGGGGCGGAGGUGAGGCAGGGCGAGAAGGGAGGGGAUGGCGGUGGUGUUGCGCCUGAGGCGCUGAAGUUGAAUGAUGAUACACUGCUCGAGGGCAUUGAGUUUAACAAGGAGGCCAACGGCGCGGAGGCGAAGGGCGCUGCUGCUGAUACUGGACUGCCGCCAGCGCUGCAAGGUAUGGCUCCUGAUGAGCAGGGGCCGCUGUCGCCGCUGGAUCAGAUCAUCUUGCUUACGGAGGCUACGCUCAAGGACGCCUUCUCGCCGGCUGAUUCGCUGACUUCGGAGGAGAUCUUGCCGUUCGCCGUGCGCGUCCUAGACGACGAGUCGCGGAACUGGCAGAUCUACACGCAGGCCCUGCUCGUGCGGUCGCGCAUAGAGAUGCACCGCAGCCGCACGAUAGAGAGGGGCGUCCUGCAGAUGCAGGCCCUGGUCGACCAGGUUGUCGUCGAGACGGCGACAAGAGAGGAAGGCCCCGCGGAGGAGGAGGAAAAGACCGCCGAGCAGCAGCACCUCGAGAACAGCGUCCCUAGUCUGCAGAUUACCGAGCCGGAUGCAGAGUCGAGCCGGGACCUCGAUGUUGGACAGCCGAAACCCACGUCCUUCUUCCCCGCCGCGAAGCCGUCCGAGUCGGCGCCGCCGCAGGUCCGGCUGCGGUACAUCCACGCGCUCGCCUCGCCGCCGCGGUGGCACCUCGAGUCGGAGCUCGCGUACGCGUGGGCCAGCGUCGGCUCGCUCGUCUCGGCGCUGGAGAUCUUCAAGCGCCUGCGCCUGUGGGCCGAGGUGGCGCUGUGCCAGGCGAGCAGCGGCGCCGCGGCGGAGCACGAUGAGGAUGGCCGCGGCAGUGGUGGGGAGGACAAGGCGAGGGCGGUGCUGCGGUGGAGGCUAUUCACGCGGACGGACGGGAGGGCAGAUGACCCCGAUGCCGAGGGGGUGGACGUCUCGGAGCUCAAGGCGGCGGACUACAUGGGCCCCGAGAGGGAGCCUGCGCCGUCGGGCGCGCCGAGGCUGUACUGCAUCCUCGGCGACGUGGAGGGCGAGCCGGCGCACUACGUCCGCGCGUGGGAGCUGUCGGGCCACAGGUACGCUCGGGCGCAGAAGUCGCUCGCGGAGCACCUGCUGCAGCAGAAGGACUGGGAAGGCGCGCGCGAGGCGUACCGCCGGGCCGUCGCCGUGAACCGCAUGAGCCCCGAGAUGUGGAGCCGCCUGGGCGACAUCAACCUGCGCCUCGGCGCGUUCGAGGAGGCGGCCGAAUCCUUCAGUCGGGCGAUCGGCGCGGCGGGCGACGUGGUCGGUGGCGAGGACGCGCGGACGUGGAGUAACCUCGGCAGCGCGCUAUACAGUCUCUAUGUCGAGACGGUGGAGGCGCUGAGGAAGGAGAAGGAGGAUGAGGGAGGGGAGGACAAAGCAAGGGAGGAGCGCGCUGUGGUGGAGGAGGACGAGGAAGAGGAUGGUGGCGCCGUGGAGGCAGCUGCGCGGGACAAGAAGAACCCGGCGGCGCUGCUCGCGCAGUCCCUGUCGGCGUACAAGCGCGGCGCGGCCAUCGCGCACGACAACUGGCGCAUCUGGGACAACGUCAUCACGCUGGCCUCGCGGCUGCGGCCCGUGGCCGUCGCCGACAUCGUGCAGGCCACCCGCGCCGUCGUGGGGAUCCGCGGCACCGAGGACGCGGUCGACGACGGCACCCUGCGCCUGCUGGUCAACGAGGCGGUGCUGCCGACCCCGAGGCCCGGCGCGGACGCGGCGGACCACAUGCCGGCGCGGGGUGGCGGCGGCGGCGGGGCGCGCGCCGUGGUCGAGCUGCUCGAGGGGGACGUCGUGCCGCUCAUCACGCACCGCAGCGAGCUGUGGGAGCUCGUCUCGCGGGAGCGCGUCUGGCGGAGGGACUACGCCGGCGGGAUCGACGCCGCGGAGAAGGCGUGGCGGGCGGCGGUCGGUGGCGCCGGCGUCGGGGCUACGCUCGGUGCCGUGGGGGCUAGCGGCGGCGGUGGUGCGGGCGCGGGACAGGAGGAGAUGAGGAGGAAGAACUGGCUUGAGGACGAGGGGGCGUGGGGGGUCGUGGUGAGCCGGACGGACGAGCUGGUGGGCCUGCUGGAGAACUAUGGCGAGGAUGUCCCCGAGAUCGGGAGCAGGUGGAGGGGCAAGGCGAGGAGUGCGGUCCGGAGCGUCAUGAGCAAGGGGCGGGAGAGGUGGGAGGGGAGCGAGGGGUGGAGAGUCCUGGAGGGGGUUAUGGAUGGGUUGAAGGUGUAG